AUCCUGGAGGUCUGAACGGAACUCCAGCCCCUCAGCGACUUCCGGAGGCAAGAGCCUGCCCCUACCCUCGAACGCGUUAGACGCGCCUGGAGACAAAGCGGAAGUCCUGCCGUUUCUUGCCACCGACUAGUCAGGCAAGGGCCGCGCGGUGUCAUGGCAGGCGACAGUGACGAUGGCGCAGCUCCAGCGAUCUCUGACAAUAGUGUCAGCAAAAGCACAAAACCUGGGGACGAGCUGGUAGUCCAAGUUCCAGUGCUGGAUGUGCAAAGUGACAACUUUAAGGAGAUGUGGCCAUCCCUUCUGCUGGCCAUAAAGACAGCUAGCUUCGUGGCUGUAGACACGGAACUGAGUGGGCUUGGGGACAGGAAGAGUUUGCUGAACCAGUGCAUCGAAGAACGUUAUAAGGCCGUGUGUCAUGCUGCCAGGACCCGUUCUAUCCUCUCCCUGGGCCUCGCAUGCUUCAAGCAGCAGCCAGACAAGGGUGAACACUCAUACCUGACCCAGGUGUUCAAUCUGACCCUGCUGUGCGUGGAAGAAUAUGUCAUAGAACCAAAGUCUGUGCAGUUCCUGGUACAGCAUGGCUUCAACUUCAACAGGCAGUAUGCCCAGGGUAUCCCGUACCAUAAGGGCAACGACAAGGGCGAUGAGAGCCAGAGCCAGUCAGUGAGGACACUGUUCCUGGAGCUAAUCCGUGCCCGCCGGCCCCUGAUACUGCAUAAUGGCCUCAUAGACUUGGUGUUCCUGUACCAGAAUUUCUAUGCACAUCUGCCUGAGAGCUUGGGAACCUUCACUGCUGACCUGUGUGAAAUGUUCCCAGCUGGCAUUUAUGACACCAAAUACGCUGCUGAGUUUCAUGCCCGCUUUGUGGCCUCCUACCUAGAAUAUGCCUUCCGGAAAUGUGAGCGGGAAAAUGGAAAGCAGCGGGCAGCUGGCAGCCCACACCUUAUCCUGGAGUUCUGCAACUAUCCUUCUAGCAUGAGGGCCCAUGUAGACUACCGCUGCUGUAUGCCCCCUGCAAGCCACCGUCCUCAUUCCACCAUCAUCUGUGAUAACUUCUCGGCCUACGGCUGGUGCCCCUUGGGAUCACAGUGUCCUCGGUCCCAUGAUAUUGACCUUAUCAUUGACACUGAUGAAACUGCCACAAAGGAUAAGCGGCGACGGCGACGACGUAAGGAAAAACGACGGAGGGCUUUGUUGGGCCUGCCUGAGAAACAGACCUCUGGGGAAGCCGAGGAUGGUCCUCCCACUAAGCAGGUCUGUGGGGAUGGCGUCCAGGCUGAGGAAACUGAGCAGGAGGUGGCUGAGGAUGAGACUAGCAACCAGCCUGGCUCUGAGCAAGAUCACAAAAAUGACUUGGAGAUGGGACUUAAAGCAACAAGGCCUGAAACAGCUGACACGGCUGCCUUAGAAGCACCAGAGAGUCAGGCCAGUCCUAACCCAGUGCCUGGAGAUGGAUUGCAUCGGGCUGGUUUUGAUGCCUUUAUGACAGGUUAUGUGAUGGCCUACAUGGGAGUAAGCCAAGAACCUCAGCCCUGUAGCUCUGGACCCUGGCUACCUGAAUGCCACAACAAGGUAUACCUGAGUGGCAAAGCUGUACCCCUCACGGUGGCCAAGAGCCAGUUCUCCCGUUCCUCCAAAGCCCACAACCAGAAGAUGAAGUUGGCUUGGGGCAGCAGCUGACCUGGAGCAGAGGGGUCUGGUCCCUCUAGCCUACGAAUGUCCUACUCCCAACUACUACAGAGUUGGGGAGGAGGGCUCCUAACAGAGAUACUGCUGCAUUGCUCUGGACUGUCUUUACCCCAGAGGCUGAGGAACAAUGAUACAAGUAAGAAGGCUGACCAGCACCUGUAGUAACCAACUUUAUUUUUAAGUCUGAGAGUGUCUUGGGAAAGUUUUACCAAAAAAUCAGCAGAAACAAGUUAUGAAAAUGUU